UGUGGGGCUGAGCGCGCGCGCCACUGUCAACGCUACUAUCCAUUUACAACUUAAAAUUGGCAGAACAAAUAUUACACUUUACAGGAAAGUUCAUUAUUCCUCAAAAUACUGACACAAUUGACAAAAACGGGGACUCUUCAUCUAUGCAUAGAACCGACCAUGUUGACUUGCAAAAUGACCCUUUCAAGUUCCCAUCGGUCUGGCGACAUUUGAGCCUGGUGGUGGUGGGGAAUUCAUUCGGCGUAAUACAAAGCUUCGCUAGGACAGGACAGGUAAGGGAGCCUACUGUUGUCAGUAUGGGGGUUAAAGAACGGCCCCAGUGCUACUUUGAUGUGGAGAUCAAUCGGGAGCCAGUUGGACGUAUUGUCUUUCAACUUUUUUCCGAUAUCUGCCCGAAGACGAGCAAAAACUUUCUCUGUUUAUGCACUGGUGAAAAAAGAACCAGUAAAACGACAGGGAAAAAGCUAUGCUUUAAAGGUUCCACUUUCCACCGUAUUGUUAAGAACUUCAUGAUCCAGGGUGGAGACUUCACAGAGGGCAAUGGAAGAGGAGGAGAGUCUAUAUAUGGUGGCUAUUUUGAAGAUGAGAACUUUAUUCUCAAACACGACAGAGCCUUCCUCUUGUCCAUGGCCAACAGGGGCAAGGACACCAAUGGCUCCCAGUUCUUCAUCACUACAAAGAUGGCAGCACACCUGGAUGGAGUCCAUGUUGUCUUCGGGCUGGUGAUCUCCGGCUUUGAGGUGAUCAAGAAAAUCGAGGGCCUGAAAACGGACUCUGCCAGCAGACCUUAUGCUGACGUCAGAGUGAUUGACUGUGGACAGCUGAUCACCAAAUCCGCUAACGACGUCCUCCGAGGCAAGAGAAAGCGAGCUACACUGGACUCUGCUGAUUCCUCGCCCAGCUCUUCAGAGUCUCCCUACAGUUACUCCUCUGAGGGAUCAGAGGUCGAGUCGAGAGGAAAAUAUCGACACCACAAGAGGAAGAAGGCCUCCAAGAGCAAGCACUCAAAGAAGAGGAGGAGAGGCUCGAAAAGAAGAGAGAGACACAGUGAAACCAUAUCUUCAGAUAGAAGGAGCCCUGCUGAAGAGCAAGAGGUGAAGGAGGAUGGAGACAAGGAGCAAACCGUGCGACGGGAGAAACCUGUGGUUCGCCCAGAGGAGAUCCCACCGGUUCCAGAGAACCGGUUCCUGCUGCGAAGGGAUGCACCUCUACUGGAAGAGAACCCAAACAUGUCAGUCCCCGACCCGCACUCACCCAGGGAGAACCUAAGUGCCGAACAAGUGAACCCUUUGACUUCCACUGACCAUUUGAAACCAGCUGUAACCAAAUCUGGACGGAAGAUCAAAGGCCGAGGAACAAUGAGGUACCACACUCCACCUGGUAUUAAGACUGGCUCUGAGUCAGAAGAAGAACGGGGCAGCAGUGAAACCCCCCCACACUGGAAAGAGGAGAUGCAGAGGAUAAAGACAUACCAGGCUCCCAGUGUGGAGAAGUGGAGCAAAGGAGACAGAUGGGAUGACCGAAGUGAUAGCCCCUGGUCCAGGUCCAGAUCAAAGGAACAGUCGCCUGACCAUGGGUCUGACCACUCAAGCCCACACCACCAUCACCGAAAAAAGUCCAAACGCAAGAAAAAGAACAAGAAGCACAAGCACUCAAAGCGACACAAGAGCUCAACGCACCAUCCCAAAGAGUCCUCAUUGUCUGAGGGAGAAAGGUCCCAAUCUUUAGGGGGGAGAUCGAAACGGUCUAGCCAUGCAGAAAGGAGAUCUCGCUCUUUGUCAUCUUCGAGACACUCCGUCAGAAGGGACUGGUCUGGAUCUGAGAGAAAAGGUCGGUUGUCUGGUUCUUCUCGAGAUUCAAGGUCUUAUUCCCGCUCUAAAAGCAGGUCCUAUUCCCGAAGCUACUCACGGUCACAUAGGAACUUCAGAUCAUCUUCAAGGUCAAGGAGCUGGACGCGUUCCAGAAGUCGAUCGGUGUCCAGAUCAAGAUCAAGGUCGAGGACAAGGUCAUCAUCUUUGUCAAGGUCUAGGAGCAGAACUAGUUCUAGGUCCAGGUCUACCUCCAGAUCCAGGUACAGGGGAAGGUCAAAGUCAAGAAGGCGGCAUGUGUCCAGACCUCCUCGAAAAGGGAAGACUGACAGUCUCAAGCCCAAAAUGGCUCCACUACAGGCUACCGUUCCAAGCAUAGAGCCCAAAGCUGCACCCCCAUCAGCUCCUGAGAAUGUACCAGUGCUUCCUCUCAGUGACAGCCCCCCUCCGUCUCGAUGGAAACCUGGACAGAAGCCAUGGAAACCAUCAUACGUUCGCAUUCAAGAGAUCAAAGAUAAGACCACUCCUCCUUCGACUGCUCAAACUGGCCAAUUGAUGAACUUGGCCUUACAUAAGCAGCUCAUGUCCAGUGGUCCGACUCAGUCUGAUAAGUCAAGUGGUGUGGAUGCCCUAGGUCGGCGCACGACCAGGAGCAGUAGUCUUCAUAGGCGCUCCCGCAGCCCUUCCUCAAGUAGCCGAUCUCGUAGCAGGUCCCGAAGCAGGGGCCGCUCUAGGUCAACGAUUCACUCCUCUGGCCAAUAUGACAGCCGUUCAUCAUCGUACAGCAGAUCCGAUUCAUACGACUCUCCCAGGCAGGGAAACACAAAGAGGAAGUCCUUUGAGCUUGGAAAGAAACACCAUCACAGUUCUAUUAAGACAUACCACAAAGACACACAGCACAAAAUGCCUAGUGGUAGCCAAGAGAUUAUGGCCAUGUCAUAUGGAGAGAGUGGUGCUAACAUCCAGAAAGGUACCAUUUACAAUCAAAACGGGUCCAAAGGACAAAAAGAUGUGAUUAGUGCAACUCUCUCGAGCAGUGGUAGGACUCACAAUCCAAAGCCAUUACUAGCUGAAGAAUCCAAAGGCAUGUCUGCUUGGGAAUGUUCUAUUGAUGUUCCAACAGUGCCUUUCAUCAGCGAAACACGUUCAUCAGGUGCCUGGGACUCUGACAGUGAUGUAGACAAGCCAGUGCUGAAGCAAACUAUGCCUGGUGUUAAACACAUGUCUGACAAAGAAGAAGGUGAGGCCACUUCUGAAUCUGAUGGGGACUACCACGUUUCUCCUGCUGAGAAACCGCGAAAGCCACAUGAACAAGUUUCCCAUGGUUUAACUUCCCCUCCUUUGAAAAGCCCUAUAGUGAAAGAUCGUGCUGAGGACCAACCUGAGGUAGAGAAGCACAAGUCUAAGAAAACAAAGCGUAAACACAAGCACAAGAGGAGGAACUCUGCCAAGUCAGGGAGCCAGCAUUCAAAAAGAAAAACAAAGAGGUCAAAGAAGAAACACCAGAAGCUAAAAGAGACUUUCCACUGGCAACCUCCUUUGGAGUUUGGGGAGGAGGUGGAGGAAGAUGAGUCUGUUGCUCAAGGAAGGAACACCACACAAAGCAGACAGAAUGUCUUGAAAGAUCCUCACAGAAGAGGCACCAUCCCACAACCAAAGCCCAGGGUUUUGGGAAAUGAGGAUCAAGUGGAAAGAGGCCACUCUUCAUCUCAAGAAAAUUCCUCAGCGGUUGCAACACCUUUAUCAAUUAAAGAUGAUGAUCUGAUGAAAAGGAGACGGUCAAAGCCAAGUUACCGCGCAAGUCCAGCACAACAUCUGAUCCCUGACAAGAGUGAUGGCAAAAACAGUGUUGAUUAUCCUAAGCAUGACCCUCAAGAAGAAUCCCAAGAUGAUCAAAUGGACAUUUGCACUCCGGAUCAUCAGACCGUUCCAGAGAUCAUCACAGAGCCAACAGGGCAUAUAGUUGUCGAGAUGACACAGAAGUUGACCAAAAGCAUAUCACCUUUAAAGAAUCCUGUAAAGAGUCCACCUGUAGAAGAGAAGCAUGUGAAUACUCCUACCUCAAUGGUGGAGCAUCAAGGACAAAAUGAGGAAAUCUCACAAUUAUCAAGCAACCAAAUAGCAGACCAGGUGGUUGAUGCCAAGUGGAAACCCUUGAAAGGAAUCACUGCCCUACAAGCUGCAAGUGUGGUGUCUACUGUUCUGAAAACCCACAGAUCUUCUCAGAUCUCAGAAGCUAAAACUCCUGGUCUCAAGAUUGAAAUCAAGAGCAAGAACCGAGUCCGGCCAGGGUCUCUCUUUGACGAGGUCCGGAAGACGGCCCGUCUGAACCAGAGGCCCAGGAACCAGGACAGCUCCAGCGAUGAGAGAUCCCUAUCUGAAGAUGAUGAUGGGCAAGGGUCUCACAGCAGGUCACCCUCAAAAUCCCGCUCUGCCUCAAGGAACCGAUCCCACUCCAGAGGGCGCUCUCGCUCCUACACUCAUUCACGAAGCAGGUCCAGGAGCUCAAGCUAUUCUUCCAGGAGCUAUAGCAGAAGUAGCAGAAGGCGAUACAGUAGGGGACGGUCUCGAUCCAGAAGCGGCACUUACAGGAGUUAUCGCAGUCACAGCCGAACCUAUAGUAGGAGUCAUUCCAGAAGCCGCUCGUACACUCCACGCAGAAGGUCCAGGUCUGAUUCUUACGAUAGCUACUCCAGCCGCAGCAGGAGUCGCAGCACAUGCAGAAGACGACGUCGAGGAAGGAGUGACAGCUCGGAUCGACAUUCUAGGUCCUAUCGCUCAUACAGUCGGACCUCUUCCAGACGCAGGAGUCACAGCCAGAGCAGCCGGUACAGCUAAGGGCCGUUCUACUGAGGAGUUCCGUCUUGCCAUUUUCCACUUUUUUUUAACAGCAAAUGUUCACAAAGUAUAUCAUUUUAAAUGUUUUUUCAAUAAUCACUAUUCAGUGAUUCAUUUUAAUUUUAACCAAACAUGGUGUAAAGUAAUCAAGUUUAUACUGUAAAUACAUAAAUGUCUGCAUUAGGUGUGUUUCAAACCCAUCUUUUUGUGUGUAGAGGGAGGAUGCGUCAUUCAAUACUGUGAAUUGAACAUGAAGUGGAGGUGACAUUGUUUCCUGUUAUUUUGAAAUUGAAAAUAGUAAUGUAGAAGUAAUCUAGAAUUACAUGGUGUAUCAUGAUUUGCAGGACUAUGAAAGGAUGAUAUUUCUUUCCAGGAAAGGGCACCUUACAGCCUACUGUAUUCUUGCACAGACAGAUGGGAAUUAAUUUUGUUUUUGCAACAAGCAAACUUUGUCUUGGAGUUUGAGACGGACUGCAUUGUUUUAUUUUAUCUCAUGAAUGUAAACCAGUCUUAUAACUCUGUCUUGUUUCCACCACUGAAAUGCCUAUGCAGAUUUCUCUAUCAACAAAUAUUAAAUACUUUUGCAAUAAA